AUGGCUCUUGGGUGUGCUCUCUUGCUCUCUGCGAGCUGCGGCUUCGUGCUGCCCGCCGCUCGUUUCCCGGCCGCCGUGCCCCCCCCGCGCUCCUCGCCGCCGGCCGCGAACCUGUUCGAGAAUCUUUCCAAGAUCGCCGAAUACAACAAGAAGUACCUCGGCACAGCGUUUGCGGCACUCACAGACGACCGGAAGGCACGCGCCUCGCACAUCCUCUUCGGGUUCAAGGAGAAUGCUGAGGACGCGGAGGCGCGUGCGCGUGACGUGAAGUGCAAACUCGAUAGCGGCGAGAUCGAGUUUGAGAGCGCAGCCAGCACGUACUCCAGUUGCCCGAGUGCCGCGCGUGGCGGCGACCUCGGCGAGUUCAAGCGCGGCGCGAUGGUGCCAGAGUUCGACGAGGCGGUCUUCAGCCAAACGAGCGAGCAGCUCGGCCAAAUCAUCGGUCCGAUCAAGACGCAGUUUGGCUGGCACAUUAUUCGUGUCGAUGAGCGGUCCGAGGCGGCUUGA